UGACAUCACCCACAGAAACGAAGGAAAUCAGAGGGAGCAACAAAUUCGUCAGCCAUAGACACGGCUAAUAUCUCGAAAGCUCAUCGAGAUGCUAAUAGACACGUGUCCUUCUUCCUCGAUCCGCCAAACCCUCACUAAAGUCCAUUAUCCUCCCAUCAAAACGCCCCUUUCUCUCUCUCUCUAUCUCUCUCCCUCUGGCUCUCUGCUUCGCCGCUUCAGCCCUUGAUACCAUUUUCUGAGUGUCUUCCUCUUUCUCUCAUCCAGGAUUUCCAGUCAAGCUGAUUUUCUCAGAGGUGAAGUGGAUAGAAGAUGAUCAAGGUUCAUCACGAUUCAUGAAUCUCCGGUAAACAACUGCCGCUUCUGAAUCGAUCGGCUUCUUCUAUACACAGAUGUUCGACCCACUUAUGGUAAUUAAUCUACGCUCCCUCUCAAAUCUCGUUGCCUAAAAAGAAAAAGAUACCCAUAUCCUUAAUUAGCUUCACGACACCAUAAAUCCACCUCAGUUGUACUGUAACCACAGUUGGUGCUUCAUUUUCUUCACCCUGGUUUUAUUUUUUUGAUUGCUUAGCAGAACAGUAGUAUAGUAUAGGGAAUAGAUUCGCCUCUAGCUUUUGAGCCCAGUUGACCAAAUACUGAUUUUGGUACUUCAAAGUGGCGAAGAUGAGCUUGGGCGCAGCCGAGGAUGAUCCGGCUUCAGAGAUUCAUAUUCCGGCUGAUAUAGAUUGGCAUAUGCUCGACAAAUCCAGAUUCUUCUUGCUCGGUGCCGCCUUGUUUUCCGGCGUAUCGGCCGCUCUUUAUCCAAUCGUCGUUUUGAAGACACGGCAACAGGUUUCUUCUUCUCAGAUUUCUUGUUUCAAAAUGUCGUUUGCCAUGAUGCGCCACGAGGGUUUAAGAGGGUUCUACAGGGGUUUCGGCACCUCGUUGAUGGGCACGAUCCCUGCUCGAGCGCUUUACAUGACGGCGCUUGAGGUCACCAAGAGUAAUGUCGGGACUGCCACCGUCAGGUUAGGUUUUUCCGAUACUACGGCCACCGCCAUAGCUAGCGCCGCCGCUGGGUUGAGCUCUGCCAUGGCUGCGCAGUUGGUGUGGACCCCAAUUGAUGUUGUGAGUCAGAGACUGAUGGUGCAGGGCUGCCACAACUGCAGCAAGAACAUCCUUCCCCAUGUGAAUUCUGGCAAAUAUAGCAAUGGGAUUGAUGCGUUUAGGAAGAUUCUCUACGCCGACGGUCCAAGAGGACUGUACAGGGGAUUUGGGAUUUCCAUAUUAACGUACGCGCCAUCGAAUGCGGUUUGGUGGGCUUCUUACUCUGUCGCUCAGAGGCUUAUUUGGGGCGGUUUUGGUUGCUACAUGGGUAAAAAGGAUAAGGUUGAUCAUGGCUUGACGAAUGGCUGCAAUUAUCGGCCGGAUUCCAUGGCGACGGUUGCAGUGCAGGGAGUGUGUGCUGCUAUGGCGAGUGGGGUUUCGGCAGUAAUUACAAUGCCACUCGAUACAAUUAAGACAAGAUUGCAGGUUUUGGAUGCGGAGGAAAAUGGGCGGAGAAGGCCGCUGACGACUGUGCAGGCGGUGAGGAACUUGGUGAAGGAAGCUGGGUUGAGUGCUUGUUAUAGGGGGUUGGGGCCGAGGUGGGUUUCAAUGUCGAUGUCUGCAACAACCAUGAUCACUACCUAUGAGUUUUUGAAGCGGAUGUCUACCAAGAGGCAAGAGACCUUCACUUCAUAAUUUUUUUUUUUUUUUCAAAUCCUCUCAAGUUUUUCUGAAGUUUGGCUAUGUUAGAUUUUGCUUGUCACUAGAAACUUGUAUAGUCUUGGUCCAAUUCCCCUUUUUUCUUCCUAUGAAUAUUAUAAAUUUAAUCUUUUUUAAUU